AUGAGAUCAUACAUCACUGUGUUGGCUGAGAGAGAGAGCGGUGUCACAACAGCAGCAGAGAGAGCAGAGAAAGAACUGAACAUGAACAAAUCAACUGGCAGAAGGAAUAACACUUCACUGCAAGAUAUGGCAACUACUGCUGCAGCUGCAAGAGAAGCAGGAGAAGAAGAAGAAGAAGAUGUGACAAUGAGAGUGAUACUUCUGCAGUCUGUCAACACUGCUAUCUUCACCUUCAACCAGGCUUUCUUGACAGUUAUGAAGACCGCAGCUGCACUACAAAGAUGUUUACUCACUAGAAAAUGUCAGAAUAAGUCCUUGAUUAUUCUUUAA